CUUGUCCGCACUCCGCAACAGGACUUCUCCCAGCAGUCCAGCACUGAUCGCCACGUCGCGAACGCACUCUUCAGUCUUCCCUCCUCAACACAAUAAAAUAAUAUAUAUAAAAUAAAACGAGCUGUCGCCGCGAGGCACCCCCUACUCACCUCUGCAGACAGACUGCCCUUCCCAUUUCUCACUCUUCACGGCCGUCGGCAAAAUGGAUGAUGCGCCGGUGCCGGUGGCGGAGCCGACUCUGAUGCUCGAAGCCGCUUCCGAAUUCGCUUCUUACCCCGGGUCUUAUAAUGAUGCUUCCGUGAAGGAGUUCCUCGACCGCUUCCCCCUUCCCAUGCUCUUCAGGUCAUUGCAAAAUGAGGAAGAAAUACCUGGGUUGGAGGAAACAAUAGUUUCCUGUCUAGAUAAAAUAUUUAGCACGAAGUAUGGUGCAUCUUUUCUCCCAAACUGUGUGCCCUUUAUACAAGCUGGACUGCAGGCAAACUCUCAGACUAUCAGAUGCCUUGCUUGUAAAGCUGUGUCCAACCUUCUAGAGAAUGCUGAAGAUAUGGAAGCUGCAGUGCAGACAAUUGAAGAACAUAAACUAUAUCCACUACUCAUAAACUGCUUAGUUGAUGGGAACGAACAAACUUCAACAGCUUCACUGGAUGCUAUAAAGAAAAUCGCUCAUUCUCCUGAAGGACUUAGUGUUAUCUUUCCUACUCAUGGCGAAGGAUCUAAUCAGCUAAAAAACUUGGCAGCUAACUCAUCUUCUCUGGGCCGGAUUCGAAUUUUGUCUAUUAUAGUGAAGCUCUUCUCAAUUUCUUGUUCUGUUGCAACGGCAGUUAAUGAUUCCAACCUGCUUAACUUAUUUGAGGUUGAAAUCAAAGAUAGUCGUGACAUGCUGACAUCUUUGAGUGCUCUGGAGCUUCUAUAUGAGUUGGUGGAGUCUCCUUAUAGUACUACAGUCCUCCUAAAGUCUACAUUGCUUCAACUAUUAAUUGACAUGAUCAGCAACUCCACCGUAGAUUCCGUUCUUCGGUCACGAGCGGCUUUGAUUAGUGGAAGGCUUCUUUCAUCAGCUGAUGCUUAUGCAGUGAUUGAUGAACCAAGUGUUACAACCCUUCUCUUGACCAUCAAUGAAAGACUGAAGCUCCUAGAUGAACAAAAUACAGAUGAAUCUGAGAGUGAAAUAGAAGCUUUAGGGCUAAUCGGAGCAACAAAUCAAGGAGCAAAUCUAUUACUUACGAGCACUCUGAAUGUAGCAAGACAUGUUAUAGACUUAUCCUUUGAUCGCCAAUGCAGAGGUAAACAGCUGGCUGCUUUACUUGCCCUUGGAAGUAUUUGUGGGGCCGAUCGGCUGGAAGACAAAAUUAUGCUGAAUAAUAGAGCAGAGGAGCAACUCAGGAGCUUGGUUUAUGCAGUGGCGGCAGAUAGUCCGAAACUGACCCCAUCUGGCCUGCUUCUCUCUGUCCUCCGACAAGAACCAGAAGUACGAAUAGCUGGUUACAGACUGACAGCCGCAAUGGUGGUGCGUCAAUGGUGUCUGCGAGAAGUUUGUUCGAAUCAGGAGAUUAUCUCUAUCGUGACCGAUCAAAAGAUUGAGGCGACAAAAAAUGGGAUGGAAAUGCGACAUGACUGUUGCGUGGCAAUCAGCAAGGCUCUAUCAACUUCUCCUUUGCUUUGUGACGCUACUAUUGCUGGAAUUGCAGAGAAGUUGCAGGAAGCUGUGAGAAGGGGCCCUUACCUUGCUAAAAAGCACACAGAAGAAGCUCAACCAAUUGUCGUCACUGCCGAGAGAUUUUGAGCUGGUCAUGUAUUUUACGACUGUUCUAUAGAUUACUUUUUUCGGAUUGAAAUGCACAGAACUAACUAGAUGAACUUCGAAUCAUUUGGAAACUGAAUGCUGGGCCUCGAAAGCUUCGAUUUUAUCAUUC